AGAACCGUGGAGGAUUUCAACCAGUUCUGCACCUUCGUUUUGGCCUACGCAGGGUACAUCCCCUACCCUGAGGAGCAAACCAAACGGAAGAAACCGCCAGCAAAGAAACUUAUUUUGGAGCAGGAGGUGGAAAAGAAGGUGCUGCUGAGUGGGGGAAAGAGCUUUGAGGCAGAGCAGGUUGGGGUGAAGGAGCUGGCUGCACUGGAGGGACAGCUGCCACCCGUGAAAGAGCAGCACUUGGAGCCUUCUCUCAACCCAGCUGGAGACACCCAGCCCAACUCCCUCCUGGAGAAGCUGAUGAAGGAGGAGAAAGACUGGAUGCAUGAAGCACAGGGGACUGAGAAGCCAUCAGGAGAUGAUCCUCAGCUACAGGAGCAAGACUCUUCCUCUGGAGGGAGGAAGAGCCCCAGUUCUUGUAGUACCUUGGACCAAAGCGAAGGGGAAGAUGCAAGCAGAGGGAGCUCCCAGCUUAGCGCAGUCGAAUUUGUGGCAGCUCCCAACACCAAAUCAGAAGAUGACGAUGCCUGGGAUCUGAUCACUUGCUUCUGCCUCAAGCCCUUCGCGGGGAGGCCCAUGAUCGAAUGUAACGAAUGCGCUACCUGGAUCCACCUCUCUUGUGCCAAGAUCCGCAAAUCCAACGUGCCUGAGGUUUUCAUCUGCCAGCGGUGCCGCGAUGCCAAGCAGGAGAUUCGCCGCUCGAACCGAGCUCGGACGGUGCCCCGCAAGCGCUUCUGUGACUGA